GCAAUUAAUUAUGGUCAUUCAUUAGGAGUAGCAGCCUUUAAUGAUGAUGUGAAAACUAAUGUAUUAGUAGGAAAAAUGGCAGGAAGGUUUACUCCUCCUAAUCCAUUUAAUAAUAGUGCUAAAAUUGUG